CUUAAUUUAUAUAAAUGUAUAAUUUGUGAACUAACAGAAGUAAUUAGAUUUUAUGGGUUGUUUAGAAAAACAAAUUAGAAGAAUUAAAAGUUAUGAUUUUUGAUGAAAUACCCUAUGAUGAUUCAAAUCAUAAUGAAAUCUACAAUGAGAACUCCAAUCAUGAAAUAAUACUUUAAUAAUUGAAAAAUUUAGCAACUACAUAAGAAGCAAAGAUUUAUAGUACAUUUAAUUAAGAUUGGAAGGGUAUUAAUAUGUAGUGAUUUUGUAUAGCUCAAUUAGACCCAUAAGUGAGAUAAUGGAUGACUUAAGUGAGAUAAAACUAUUUCGAAACUUAAAAAAAGUCUUAAAAAGUGAUUUAAAAUAUUUAACUCGAAUCUUACUCAUCAGAUAAUCAAACUGCUGAUUUAUAAUUAGAUGACUAUUUCUAACUGUGAAAUAAGAAAAUACUGUGU